AAAGGACCCCAGAAGCAAGCACAAAUUCAAGAUACACACAUAUGGCAGCCCUACCUUCUGUGACCACUGUGGAUCACUUCUCUAUGGGCUCAUCCACCAAGGAAUGAAAUGUGAUACCUGCGACAUGAAUGUGCACAAUCAGUGCGUGGUCAAUGUGCCAAGCCUCUGUGGAACUGACCACACGGAGCGCCGGGGUCGCCUCUUCCUUAAGAUCGAAGUCAGUGGAGACCGGCUACACGUCACAGUGGGUGAAGCCAGGAACCUCAUUCCUAUGGAUCCAAAUGGUUCAUCAGACCCAUAUGUUAAACUCAAGCUCAUCCCAGACCCAAAGAAUGAGACCAAACAGAAGACCAGAACCAUUCGCUCCUGUCUAAACCCAUGCUGGAAUGAGUCAUUCACCUUCAAGCUGAAAGCAUCAGAUAAGGACCGGCGUCUGUCCAUUGAGGUGUGGGAUUGGGACAGAACCACCCGGAAUGACUUCAUGGGCUCCAUGUCAUUCGGCGUGUCCGAGCUUAUCAAAGCUCCAAACUGUGGAUGGUACAAGUUGCUGAACCAGGAGGAGGGAGAGUAUUACAAUGUUCCUAUUCCAGAGGUGGAUGAUGUCAACCUGGAGCUCCGUCAGAAGUUUGAGGCCUGCCAGUUAAAUAUCCACUAUCUCAAGAAAGCCAAGCUGGGCCACGGUAAGAAAGUGAUCACACCAUCAGACCACCGGCGGUUCAGUCUGCCCUCGGGUAACAUGGACCGGGUCCGACUCAGUGACUUCAACUUCCUGGCCCUGCUUGGGAAGGGCAGCUUUGGCAAGGUGAUGCUGGCAGAGAUGAAGUCAACAGAGGCGCUGUAUGCCAUAAAAAUCCUGAAAAAAGAUGUUGUGAUCCAGGACGAUGAUGUUGAAUGUACAAUGGUGGAGAAGAGGGUUUUGGCCCUGCGGGACAAACCGCCCUUCCUCACACACCUCCACUCCUGCUUCCAGACUGUGGAUCGACUUUACUUUGUUAUGGAAUACAUUAAUGGAGGAGACCUCAUGUAUCACAUCCAGCGUAUGGGCAAGUUUAAGGAGCCACAGGCAGUAUUUUAUGCAGCAGAAAUAGCUGUAGGCUUGUUCUUCUUACACCGAAAGGGAAUCAUCUAUCGGGAUCUGAAGCUUGACAACGUGAUGCUGGACUCAGAGGGACACAUCAAGAUAGCUGACUUUGGCAUGUGCAAGGAGAGCAUGUACGAAGGGAUGACCACGCGCACCUUCUGUGGCACCCCAGACUACAUUGCACCUGAGAUUAUAGCAUACCAGCCCUAUGGAAAAUCAGUGGACUGGUGGGCUUACGGAGUUCUCCUGUAUGAGAUGUUGGCUGGGCAGCCACCGUUUGAUGGAGAAGACGAGGACGAGCUCUUCCAGUCCAUUAUGGAGCACAAUGUGUCCUACCCAAAGUCCAUGUCCAAAGAAGCUGUGUCCAUCUGCAAGGGACUGAUGACUAAGCACCCAUCAAAGCGUCUUGGCUGUGGCCCAGAGGGGGAGCGGGACAUCAGAGAGCAGGCCUUCUUCAGACGUAUCGACUGGGACCGCCUGGGCAACAGGGAGAUCCAGCCGCCGUUCAAACCCAAAGUGUGUGGCAAAGGAGCGGAGAACUUUGACAAGUUUUUCACCCGCACCCAGCCCGUUCUGACCCCUCCGGACCAGCUGGUCAUUGCCAACAUCGACCAGAGCGAGUUUGCCGGCUUCUCCUUCAUCAACCCUCAGUUCAUCCAUCCAUCCCUCCACAGCGUGGUAUGAGUAGGUGGCCAAGGGUGGAAAUAUAAAAGCAUGACUCUUAUUGAAUACAAGAUCCUUCCAAUUCAAACCUCCAACUGUCAAAAGACUCAUAUCAUCCUCUAGUAUUGUGUCUAUUAGUUAUCAUUACCUGUGCACAGAAACGACAGAGGUCAGAGGAGUAAAAUGUAAAGAAUGUUGCAUUAAGUACAAUCGUGGAGAAAGUUAAAGGUAUAUGGCACUGAUACUUUAGCAUCUCAUACUUCUUUUUGCUAUAUCUGUACAUUCAAACUUACAGCUGUAGCUUUCACCAAACCUACAGCCUUUUUUCCUGUGAAAGGACGUGUCUCAUUAUCAGUUACUAUCUCUUUUGAUGUAAAAGAUAUGUUUUUCUUCACCUCACAUCUAUGUACCCCAUCUUACAACGCAACAAGGUGCAAUGCAUGACGAGAACGGAACAUUAUUUUCUGCUCCGUCCUGACUUUACACAUGUAUAUUAUAUUUCUACUAACAAAGAGGUAGUAAACUGUUACAUGAGUGCCAAAGUCUAGGUGGAAGAAUAGAUUUCUAUUGCUGUUCCUAAGGUCCUAAAGUAUUGAUGUUUUUUUUUUCUCCUCUGGUUUUUCCCACGAGUGUCAAGACACUAAAAGCCCACAAACAGGGGCUCUUUAUAUCUGUUGUUUUGUAGGACGUGAACUACAGUGUAUCGAACUCAGCAUGGAGAAGCUGAAUCAAACUGUGUCAUGUUGCAAGCUAUCCAGGCCUUCUCAGUACAGCAGACGUCUCCUACAGCGGGUGAAGUUAGAGUGUAGGGCCAGAGAACUGUGGAAGAUCGAGACAGUGUUCUUAUGUAUUAAGAUGCUAUUUCCAUAUGCACAAAGCAGAUCUCUGUUGCAUGCUUAUUUUCUGACUCUGUAUGAACUGUAGAGUCUAGGAUGCAGUACACGUGUAGUAUCAUUGUAAAGUUUAGUAUUACGAUAUAAACUAUGUUGAUAUAUAAUUGUUGUACGUUUACCUUGAAAAAGAGUUUGUAAUUGGGAAAAAAAGGUUUUUUGUUCCUGUUUUAUGUUCUUGUUUAACCCAACUUUUAUGUCCAGAGAUGACCAACCCACUAUUGUAAGUCAACCUGUUUUCUUUUUGUAAAUAUGUUUCAAAAAGAGAAGUUAUUGCAGAUUUUAUACUACACACUGAAUGUGCUUUUACUACCGUAGACAGUUUAAACAUUUCUAUGUUGAGAGUAGCCCUAAAAAGAUGCUUUAAUAUAUAUAUACAUGCAUAUACACAUUAUAUAUAUACAUAUAUAUAAAUAUAUAUAUAUGAAUAUA